AUGACACCAAAACCCAAACGUCCCCCAACAGCCAACCCGGUCGAAUACACCUACGACCCUCCUCCAUCAUCGACCACCAUGUCCUCCUCUUCCAGUACCAGCACCCCACUCCCAUCCAUGCCCUCUCACAGCUCAGUCUCAGACUCAAUUCCGCAUCCAGGCGACUUAUCCCGGACCACCGUCCACAUAGCCGGCAUCCUCACACACAUCCACGGCCUCGCCGAGCUCCCGCCCGCCUGCACCGAAGUCGCCGUCCUCUGGCUCCUGCACCCACGCCUGCAGACCGCAGAGUGCAUGUGGCCUUUUGCUGCGCAUUUGGUUCGGCACCACUACGACCUCCACGCUCGUCGAGGUACCUCCCCAAAACUAGGCUUUAUCGCGGUCUCAUUCGACCAGCGAAACCACGGAACCCGCCUAGUCGACGCGCACGCGAAUAAAGCGUGGCGGGAUGGGAAUGAAAGGCAUGCGCAGGAUAUGUUCAGCUGCUUUGCGGGGACCGCGCAGGAUACGAGCUUGUUGUUGGAUUUCUUGCCGGCGUAUGCGUUCCCGGAUGGAGGGGUGGAGAUAGUGCGGAACAUGGUAUUGGGAGUGAGUUUGGGCGGGCAUGCGGCGUGGCAGAUCUGUAUGAGGGAUCCGGGGAGGUUUCAGGGGGUGGUGGUGGUUAUUGGGUGUCCGGAUUAUACGAGGUUGAUGGUUGACCGGGCGAGGUUGAGUAAGCGCAAACUGUGGUUGGAGGGGAAGGGGGAGGGGUUUGUGGGGAGUGCGGAUUGGCCGCAGGGGUUGGUUGAGGCGGUUAGGGGGAGUCAUCCGGCGGAGUACUUCUCAGGGAUACUUGGUAGAGAAGGAACAGAGCACGCAGGGAAGGAGGACUGGGCCCAUGAAAUGAGCGAGGAGGAGGCGGAGAGGGUGAGGCCGGAGAUGGAGAGGUGUUUUGGUGGCGGAAAGAGGGUAUUGGUGUUGAGUGGGGGGAGUGAUAAGUUGGUGAAUUAUAAGUUCAGUGAGCCGUUUCUAGGGUGGUUGAAGAAGGCCAUUCAAAAGCGCGGGUGGUUUGAAGAUGGUGGUCUGUGGUUGAAGGACGUCGUGGUAGAGGGCUGCGGGCAUGAGGUGCCGCCAGUAAUGGUCGGGGAGAUGCUGGAGUUCGUGGAGGGGACUAUGGGAUUGUGGGAAGAGGAGGUGUCCGGAGCGAAGGAGGGAAAGGGUAUCAGUGAUGAGAAGAGGGAAAGCACAGAGAGCGGCGGCAGUAGGAGAAGCUCUAAGAUAUGA